AUGACCUUACUCGACCUUACGAAGAAAGAUACUGUGGCGAAGCCCAGUAUUCCUGAAGUUGGUACGAGGACCACUUUGGAUCCUAGUAUCUCCAGCUUCCUCAGCGAGAACCCCAAUCUUCGUCUCGGUGGUAGGGAAGGCUUCACGUCAGAGCGUGCUGAGCACCUCAAAGUCUUCGGCUUCCACGCUCUCGAGGAGUCUCUUCGCGCACCAAUUGAGCAUGUCGAGUACAACGUGGUCCGCGGCCCCUACGGCACUAUUCCCAUUCGCAUCUUCUACCCGUAUUCCGGAAGGCAAUCCCGCGACCACGGUAACUCCCCCGCCCUUGUGUACAUGCAUGGCGGUGGAUAUACCGUGGGUUCCGUUGAUGAGUUCGAAAACGGAUUGAGGCUCAUCGCUGAGGAAAGCGGAGCCGUCGUUAUCGGCGUCGAGUACCGUCUCGCUCCCGAGUGGAGUUACCCCGUCCAGUUGGACGAGUAUGAUGCCGUCGUUGACUGGCUGCAUGGCGGCGAGGCAAGGAACAGAGGUAUCAACCCUGACAGAGUCUGCGGUGGAGGAGAUUCGGCCGGAGGAAACAUGACCGCGGCCUUGACUCUCCGAAGAAAAGAUCAGGAAAAGAAGCCCCUCAAGGCUUGCUUUCUGCUGUACCCCGAAGCCAGACUUCCCUUUGACACCAAGGCCGUUGUUGAGAACAACUCUGGCCUCUACCUAGAGUCCAACGGCAUCUUCGGGUUUGCUGCUCACUACGCAACAAGGGGAGUACCGCCAAGCCACCGAUACAUCUCUCCUGGCAUGCAAAAGACGGAAUACCUGACAGAUCUCCCGCCUACCGCCAUUUUCACCUGCGGCUUUGAUCCUCUCCGGGAUGUGGGCGUCGAGUUCGCGCACAAGCUGGAAGAAGCCGAAAAUACCGUCUCCUGGCGACACUUUGACACGCUCACCCAUGGUUUCCUGCAAAUGGCACCCUGGAGCGAGGAAGCCAUGAAGGCUACUAAGCUGGCCGCUUCCGAGUUGAAAAAGAUUGCAUAG